CUCAAAUCCCGUUUGAGCCCGCCUCUCCGUCCCAUUGGCUCCUGACUUUACAUAUGUAAAAGCGCCGGUCCAAUCGGCGGCCUUCGCGCGGAAUUUCGAACCCUGUUCAAAAGAGGAGUAGUUAUUACGCCUUGUAUCCCUCCGCUUUUUUCAUAAACAAUAUAGUCCUGCAUAGUAACAUAAAAUUUGCAAAGGUUUUAGAGGUUAACACUUGCAUAUAUUACCAUGUUUUGUGUGUUCGUACUGUAACUGCAAUUCUAAUCCAGAUAUAGUGAGAAACUUGAUAUGUUUCAGUGCGUUUUUGUUUUUUAGCGGCAGCAUAUUAUCCGCGCCGGCCUCGCUGUAGCAUUUAGAUCCGGCAGUGGCGGUUAGUGAGUGAGGCAGAUGGCGCCUCGGUUUAUAGCGAAUUUCGAUUAAAACACGGAUUUAACGUCUUAGUUCGUCUUCAGGAUCGAGUUUACUCAGGGGAGGUGAAGAUGCCUCUAUUCGGUAAGAUUGUGGUGAUCAAGCGAAAUGGUGCAGACGGGACGGAGUUUCCUCUCACAGCUUCCUGCCUGUUUGGAAGGAAGUUGGACUGUGAUAUCCGAAUUCAGCUGCCACAGGUGUCCAAAGAGCACUGCAGAAUUGAGCUGAAUGAAAAUAAAGAGCUCAUUUUGACCAACUUGAGCUCUGUGAAUCCAACUCGUAUCAACGGGGAGAUUUUGCAGCAGUCUGAACGUCUGAAGCACGGUGAUCUAAUCACAGUUAUUGAUCGUUCUUUCAGGUUUGAGUACCCACCUCCACCGACGCCAAAGAAAAAGAGAUUAUCCACAUCUGAGAAAGGAGAAACUGUCAAGGUGUUGCAGGAUCAACAGGUGAGGAGCACCCCUGGAUCAACAGACAAAAAGAAGUCAGAACAUCCAGACACUUGUUUGAAAGAUGGAUCCAACCUGCCAUCUUCUCUGGACCACAACGUUGAGGUUACAAAGGGAGAUGGUAAACAGGCAGACAGUACCAUGUCCCCCUUCACUGAGCUCUAUCAUAUGGUCAAACGAGAUCUGGCCUCUAAAUCACCGUGGAAAGCUGCAGCUCAGCCCAAGUCACCUCUUGCACGACCUCAGAUUGACAAGGAGGAAUCUAAAAAGGUUUUAGCCUCCCCUUCUGAUUUACCUAAUGAAAAUGUUAAGGUUGUGACCCCAAAAUCGGCUAAGAAGAGUCGAAGAUCCUCAAAUGUCAAGGCUGUCGACAGCAGUGAAUCAUUUGCAGCUGAAAGAUCGGUCAUCGCGGAUGUAGUGGAGAACCCUUCUACAGAAGUACAAGCAGCCACGCCGGCUGUUCAGGAAACUCCUGGAAAACAGAAGAGGCGUUCAUCUGGGCAUGUUGCCUCAUUGACGGGGAUUAGCACCACUCCUGUCUCUCAGAAGAAAUCCCCUCAGCUGACGCCUCAGAAAUUCAGUGCUGGUGAGGUGGCACAGCAAAUCCUGUUAAUGCAGUCAAGUGCUGAGAAAACACCAAAGUCCCCAAAAAGCAAGAGAAGUGGGGCCUCUCAGCCUCAAAGUCCAGCAGUGACCCCAAAAAGUCAGGUAUCUCCUCAGACUUCAAGCUCCAAGACUCUCACCAUAAGCCAGUCACAGACACCAGCCAGAGAGCCAGAAGAAUCUGAGGCAAAGCACACCCCCAGGACGUCUCCAAGAGAAAACGCAGGCAAAAGGUUCCAGGUUCAGGAUGUAGUGCAUGAGAUUGUGAACACACCUGCUUCUCGUGACAAAGAUAAUGCGCAAGUCUCCAGUAAGAAGCACAAGUGUAAGGAUUUACCUCUUCCUGUGCCCAAGAGGAAGCGGGUUUCCUUUGGUGGUCAGCUAAGCCCUGAACUGUUUGACAAACGUUUACCACCCAACUCACCUCUUCGUCGAGGGGCAACCCCUGGAAGACGCAGCCUGGGUAUCUCUCAGAAACCCCUGUCUCUUCUUCGACGAGCAUCCACCAUUGGCUUAAUGAAUUUCCAGCUUGAUGAGACUGUGCCAGAGAGCCCAUCUAAGAAUGCAUCACCUAGACGGGUAUCUUCUUCUGGUAAGAGUCCUAAGGCCUCACCAGGGAAGACUCCUUCUCCAGCAAAGAAAUCCCCCAAGGGUAAAACUCCUCCAAAAAAUAAAACACCUCCCAAGACUGCUACACCAUCAAGCCCUGCUACACCCAAGACCCCUAAAUCUGCUAAGAGACUCUCAAAUGCAUCGAUUAAGACACCUUCGUCAAGUGAUGGAUCAAUUCUCCAGACACCUACAGUGCAGGGUCGCUUUUCGAUCACACGGAUCUCUACCCCAUCGCCUGAUAGACAUCGGGAGGAAGCAAAAGCAGAUUCUGUCCCUGUUGUAGAUGUCUCUCAGGAGUAUGUGACGCCAAAGAACUCUCUGAGAAGGAGCAGCAUGAAGGCCUCAGCUCGGAAGACCCCUAAAAGUGCGCUGAAGAGUGCUCUUGAAGUUAUUCGUUCACGACGCAGUGGUGCUUCCUGUGCUAAUUUAAAAGUGGUCAGUUCCUGGGCUGACAUUGUGAAGUUCGGGCAGGUUAAACCUCAAGUGGAGUGUGGCAUUAAGAAAACCACCAUUAAGCAAAAGGCAGCUAAGAAAACGAAAAGGAUGAAACCCAAGACUCCUGCACGCAGACUGAAAGAUGUUGGCAGCACUGGACAUGCAGAUUCUCCAGCCACCAUUGUCAUAGGCAAGGCCUCCAUGAGAGCUAUUCAGGCUGUUGGUGCAGCACCUAAAAUAGUACCCAACGUGGCGCUGUUCAAGAAAGAUAUGAAAAUGGAUGAGGAUCUUACAGGUGUUGCGGACAUUUUCAAGACCCCAGCUAAAAGCAAACGGAAGAGUGUUAUCGACAACUGUGAACGUCCAGAAACUCCUCUUGGUGUUUCUACUUGUUCUCUGCCUGAAAUAUCAAUGAUGAACACUCCUGAGGAAUCUGGUGAAAUGCUGAUCUCUCCCAUGAGUGUUGCCUCCACUGCCAAACUUGGACGUUACAACAGUGAAGCUGUAACUCGACUACUCCAGGGUGACCAGGAUGUUAGAUUAAUUGAUGAAGACGAUCUUCAGGUGGCUGACUCAAAUGAUCUUCCUGCCAAUGAAAUAAUCUCAGAGCUAGAGAUGCACACUGAUGGCCAGAUGGAGGAAAAGGAAGCAGAGCCUCAGAUAAUUGCCCAAACACCACAGAGGGAAUCAGAACCACUGGAAUGCCUUACAGGAGUCAAGAGACUCAUGAGGACCCCUAAACAGAGGUCUGAUCCUAUAGAAGACCUUAGAGGCAAGUUACUCAAGACACCCAAGGAGCCAAAACCAACUCAGGAAGAGAAUUUUGAAGGUGUUAAAGAACUCCUUAACACCCCAAAGCAAAAGGGAACCCCUGUACAUGACAUGGCUGGAUUAAAGAGGUUUAUGAAGACUCCUGAAGUGAAGAACAGCCCAGUAGUGUGUGCUGUAGGCUUAAAGAAGCUUAUGAAGACUCCCAAGAACAAGACAGAGCAAGAGGAAGACCUUACUGGAGUAAAACAAUUAAUGCAGACCCCCAAACUAAAGGCAGAGCCAGUAGAGCAUGCAUUUGGAGUGAAAAGAUUGAUGAAGACUCCUAAGCAGAAGGGUGAACCUGUGGAAGAAGAUCUAACAGGCAUUAAGCAGAUGAUGAAGACUCCUAAGCAGAAGGGCAAACCUAUGGAAGAAGAUCUAACAGGCAUUAAGCAGAUGAUGAAGACUCCUAAGCAGGAGGGCAAGCCUGUGGAAGAAGAUCUAACAGGCAUUAAGGAGGUGAAAACUCCUAAAGGGAAGAGGAAACCCGUUGAGGAAGACCUGACGGGCAUUCAGCAUAUGAUGAAAACUCCCAAACAGAAGAACAAACCUGUUGAAGAUCUCACAGGCAUUCAGCAGAUGAUGAAAACUCCCAAACAGAAAAGUGAGCCAAUUGAGGAUUUGACAGGCAUGAAGAGGUUACUUCGGACCCCCAAGCAGAAAGGAGAGCCUGUUGAAAAUGUGUUUGGAAUCAGCAGAUUGAUGAAGACCCCCAAGCAGAAAGGAGGUGAAGUGGAGGAGGAUUUUACUGGCCUUGUGGAGCUUGUUAGUGAACCAGUGAGCGAGUCAACCCCUGAUGUUACUGAGACACCACAAAAUGACGUUAGUGAAUUAGUUGAGAUACAAGAUUUUCUGGCCUCUGAUGUUUUGGCUGUCGAAGAUGUCAAUAAGGAAUCUGAUGACAAAGAAAACAUCUGCCCUGUUAAGAGCAUGCAACAUGAAAUUGAAGCUGUUGCCAUCCCAACCAUUCCAUUGGAGGAAGAAGUUAGCUCUGUUAAAAUGACAAAUUGUGAAGAGGACAGAAACAUCCAGGAACAACUGGUUCAAGAGUCCUUGUCUGAGGCUGUCAGCCCUGUUGUAGAUGCCACGCCAUCUUUACCUACUCCUAAGAAAGAAGAAAAGGCUGAAAUAUCCUCUCCUGUUAAGAAGACUUAUCAUGGUGGUGGAGUAAAAACUAUACAAAAGACAGAUUCUCCUGCAGUGUCAGAAAGCCAGGAAGAAAAUACUGCUGUGGAAACUGUCCCUCUACUCUCUGGCCCUGUGAAAGGAAGAAGAGGCAAGAUGGUCAUUGAUGAGCCUGUCUCUAUGCCAAGUCCUGUUAGAAAGUCUGCCAGAGGAAGAGUUCCAAAGCGCCAAGUGGAGGAUAUGGAAGCAAACCAUGCACAGGCUUUUAAACCAUCUGAAGAUGUCAAGCAAGUUUCUGAAUGUCUGACUAAAGCAGUUAAACCCAGGAGGGGAAAGAAAGCCGAACAAGAUAGUGGUGUUGAGUCAGUUUUGCAAGUACAUUCUGUUGCUGGUUCAGAAGCUACUGAACCUUCAGCAGAGGUAGGGAAAUCCUUGAAAUCACCAGCACCUUCUGCAAAAACAAAUAAGGGAAGAAAAGGUAACCAAGAAACUGAGGAUCUACCGAUCAACCCUGCUCCUGAAGAGUCAAACAUGCCUGCUGCAAAAGUGAAAAGAGGAAGGAAAGGUAAACAAGAAACGGAAGAUCCACCUGUCAUCCCUGCUUCUCAAGAGCCAGAAGAGUCGAAUAUACCUGAAGCUAUAGUUGAGAAGGAGGAUGUUGCACCAGAGAGUGUUGAGCUUCAGUCGACUGUAGUGACAGAUGCUCCUGUUAAAACUAACACAAGAACAAGACGGGGCAGACCCAUGAAGGACAGUCUGAAAACCAUGGAAGUUCAGGAAAUGCCUGAAAAAGUGGAGUCAGACAUUACAAGCUCUGAUGCUGUAGUUGUGGCUGAUGAACUUCCAAAAACGCCUGUGGUGAAGCCUGGACGUGGAAGGAGGGCAAAACCAGGUGCUUUGAAAGGCCUGCCAGUGGUUGUUGAUCCCAAGGAUGAUAUUGAUAUUGCUCCCACAGAAGAGUCUGAGACCCCGGUCAUUAAAUCCGUGCGAGGGAAGAGGACCGCUGUUGUCACAAAUGAGCCUGAAGGCCCUGUCAAAAGAGGACGCCGUGCUGCUGCUGUUGCUGAGUUGCCCUCUUUUGCCAAGCCUAGUCGUGGUAGAAAAACUGCUGUAAAGGCAGAGCAAGAUGAAGUACCAGAAGAUGCCACUGCAGCAGAAGAACCAGCCAAGGACACCAGGAAGGCAGUGACACUGUUGGAGUCCAAGCCUGUUGAAACUUCAAUUUCCCAGGCCAGCUCUGAUGUGGCAGUGUGUGAUGCUGUUGAAGACAUUGCUGAGGUACCAGCUAAGACAGGAAGAGGGAGAUAUGCUAAAAAAGCAAAGGCUUUAACCAAUCCUGUCAACAGUGCUGAAGAUCCAACAUUUGAAGAAGCUGGUUUUGCAAGUAAAAGGAAUGCUUCCAAGAAAGCGGUCAAUUGGAAUUCUGAUCUAGUGGCCUGGAAGAACAUUAAAGAGAUGGAGCCUCCUGCAGCUGAGGAAGAACCUCAACAGAAGAAAGAAAGAACUUCCAGAAAGAAAGCUGAACCUGCAGCUAAGCCUUCUACUGAAGAUGCCUCAGUUUCAGAACUCUCAACCAGAGGCCGCAGAGGGAGGGUGGCAAAGAAACAAGAUGAGCCACUGGAGAAGUCCGAGACAGCUGUGGAGGAAAAAUCUGAGCAGCAGAAGUCCAAGAAGAAAGUUGAGCCUAAGGCUAAGGCAACUGAUGAAGAUACCCCAGUCCCUGAGACUAAGCAGUGUAUAGAUCCACCAACCAAAGGGCGCCGAGGAAGAGUGGCAAAGAAACAAGAUGAACCGCUAGAGAAGCCGGUGACCGCUGCUGAGGAAGAAUCUGAACAGCAGAAUUCCAAAAAGAAAGCUAAGGCUAAGGACACUGAUGAAGAUACCUCAGCCUCUGAGACUAAGCAGUCUGUGGAUCCACCAGCUAAAGGCCGCAGAGGAAGAGUGGCGAAAAAACAAGAUGACCCACUUGUGGAAAAGUGUGAGGAAAAUGCCCCAGUGGUCAGGAGGGGAAGAGCGGGUGCGUCAUUAGUUUCCAAACCCAAUGAAGUUGCAGCCUGUCCAAAAAGGGGCAGCAAAAGAAAGGAGAUUGAAGUUGAAGCUGAUGAAGCACCAAGUGUGGAGUCCUUGCCAAAGAGACCGAAAGGCAAAGCUGUCGGAGCUGAACCUGAACCGGAAGAGGCUGCAUCUAGCAAAGGACGGAGGGCAGCAGCCAAGGAGGCAGCAGAGGAACCUCCUGAAGUGGAUUCAGAGCAAACUGGACUGACUACUAAAAAGAAUGAAAACAAACCUGCAAGGGGCAAGAGAAAGGCAGCUCAGGAAGAUUCUGUUCCUGCACAGUCUGAGGAUCCUGUCUCGGAACCCACCACUCGACGAGGGACUAGAGGUCAGAAGAAAACUGAGACAGACAUCCCUUCAGCUCCCGUGAGGCGAACAAGGAGGAAGUGAAGCACUGAUCUUGAGGAUUAGUUGUAAAUAUUCACAUUAAAAUUCUGUUUUUAUAUAUCAGGACAAUUAUGAUAGCGUUUUACUGUCAACUUUCUUCGGGUUUAACUCUUUUUAUUGUUAAACAGUUUAUUAAAAAAAAAAAAAAAAGACUUGAUUUUUCUAAUGCUAUUUUUCAGAAAUUUCAAAUUUUAUUUUUUUAAACUUGAACUGAUCGGGGCAUUUAAAGCAUUGUUUUUUUUUCUAUCUUUAUGUUCAUCCAAACCCCCUCAAGUUUCAUUUCUUGCUUAAAAACGUCAAUGGUUGCCCCCCCCCCCCCCCUUUUCAUUCCCAUAAAUGUUAAGUAGUGUGGUUUUUUUGUUAAAAUUUAUAACAAUAAAAAAACAAUGAGGGUUAGUAAAUGUAUUCUUCCAAAUGGUCACCAACUGCAUAUGUCAAAUAAGGUCAUUUUUAAUUCUACAGUGUACCAUACAUUUUAAUUGCAGCUUUGGAAACAAGUUGUUUACCUCAAUAAACUCAAUCACAUUGCCUCA